AUGUUGGGCUGGAUCAUAGGUAAUAAUAAGAACAACACCUUAAGUAAAAAUGGUGGGAUUACGAACUCUGACUUGGAAAAAUAUUCGGAUAAUAAUAAAAAUGCUUUAUUUAUAGAACCACCCCAAUUGCCUUUACCAGGUGUUGAAAAUUUACAUUCUUCUAAUACUCUUAUCAUACCACCAUUAGCAUCGCAAUAUAAGGAAAGAUCCUCUGUUGAUAUAUUUUUUGACGAUGCAGUUUUUUAUAUGGGACAACACCCUGUUUUAACUGGUGUUGGUGCAUUUUUUACUUUAUACUUUGCUGCUGGAGCAUACAAGAGCUGUUCAAAAUUAUUAACCAGAAUAAGAAGCUCCUCUGCGUCUCCAAAUGCCAAAGCAAUUAAAUAUCUAAUGGGUGGGUUUGAUUCAAAAAUGAAUCAGAAAGAAGCUUUACAAAUCUUGAAUUUGAAAGACUCGGAAUUAACUAAAAAGUUUUUAAAAGAAACACACAGAAGAAUUAUGUUAGCAAAUCAUCCUGAUAAAGGUGGCAGUCCAUAUUUAGCAACCAAGAUUAAUGAGGCUAAAGAUUUUUUGCAAAAAAAUGCAGUUUUUAAGAAAUAG